ACAUGUCCGAAAAGCCACGGUUCGGCGUCGCCCAGCAAAUGGCAAGCUUUGGGUGCAUGGAGGAUGGACGCCUCAUGAACUAAGUGAUACAGCCUCGGUUCCGCCAGUACAUUCUGAGAUUUGGAAGGACUUCCAAGGCUUGCGCUGUUUGCAUCGAGGAUGAAUUGGCAGUCGCUUCGAUGGACGGUGAAUCGCCAAGGGGUGGAAGUGACAUGUUUGUCUUAACGAGCCCAGCCAAGGUGAUCGACAGGACCGGACGUCCAGGGAUAGUUUUCUGUCCAUUGGAGAAACUUUGGGCGAUCAACGAUGAGGAUAAAGGUGUUCGCGAAAUCCUGCGAUCUCGGGCUUCCUACCGCAGACAAGAUGUGGGGGUUGACAGAGAGCCAUCGUCUUCGGCGAAAAGACAAGGUUCUCAUGCACUCAGUCUACAUGAACUGGGACAACAAGAGUAGAACACCGAGAUUGGCUGAUGAUGCUGCUGCUGCUGCAGCAGGUGAGUUUUCGAGUUGGGGGUGUGUCUGCGUGCUGAUUGCGGGUUCCUCUUCCACCCGUGAGACUGUCCGGCGUGUGCUUCAUCCACGCCGGGACCGCCGGGACCGCCGGGGUUUCGAUUGUCCGGUCAGCCUGCACAUAAUGGAGGGCAAGUCUGUGCUAUGUCUGGACGACAGCCCUGAACAAACAGAUGAUCGCGACUGGAAAGAAGACAGGCACAGAAGGCGCGGAGCAAAAAUUGAACAUGACGACUUUCGCAUUUCAGCCGCAAAUCAACCGGCCUGUCAAAGCUCGCUUCAAUCAUCUCGACUGAGGUAUUCUUUCAUUCUUCAUGUCAUGUCAUGAUGACUUUGAAAUGCGAUUUUCGCAAUAAGAUGCUACAGUGCUCGGUACAAAACACGAAGCACGAGCGAUUGGUCAGACCUCUACAUAAUGUCGUCUUGCGGCGUCGCGAUGCUCUGGCAAUAGCAGAUUCAUUGAUGGUUU